AUGAGAUAUAUAUUGAUCUUUAUUUUAAUUUUAGUUUACUCUUAAGAAGUAAUUUACUAAAUAGAAGCAGCAAACUACCCUGGUGGAUUGGAUGGUAUUUAUAUUAUUUAAUAAGUUGAUUAAUGGUUCAUAAUUGGUAAUGAUAAUGGAUUAACAUAUACUUUUUGUAAUGGAGUUGAUGUCUAUGGUGGAUACGGUUCAUUUACUCAUGAUACCAUAAUAUAAAAGUAUUUUACUUUUAAAUAACAAUUAGAGCAUUUUUUGAUUUACAACCUCAUUUUUAAAUUAAAGUAGAAAUAAAUUUGUUGCUGUAUAUAUUGAAUUAUAACACUAAGGUUUGGUUUAACAUUGGGAGAGUUUAAAAUUGAAAAUGAUAAUAAUGAAAUUUUUAUAGUCUCUCCUGCAUCACCUUUAAUAAGAUCAUGUUCAGAGAAUAGCAUUGAAUACUAAUUGUAAAGUCUUGAUUUUGAAUUUCCACAUUAGAGGAGAAAUUACAUUUUUAAAAUGUUUCAAGCUUACUAUGAUAAUACAUUUGUAUCAUUUAUAUAUAAAGAUAUAGGCUACUUGGGGCUUUGAUUCAUUUAAAAUCAGUAUUUACAAGUGUCCUUUUGGAUGCUUAUAAUGUUUAGGAUAUGAUGAUUUAAAUUGCGGUUUUUGGAGUAAGCUUUAAUUUUCAUUUAUUCAAUGUUAAUUGGAAGAUACAGAUAUAUAAUAAUGGGGAGGUGGAUCUGAGUAUAAUGUUGAUGAAUUUGGAAGAUGUUAAGGAAUCAAUUCGAUUUCUCUUGAAAAUUCAUUCUUAUUACCUCCAAGUGAUGAUAUAUUAAUUAGAUUUUUAAUAAAUAAAAAUACAGAUUUAACCAUUUGGAUCAAUGAAAAUAGAAUAGAUAUUUAAUAAUAAGGAGUCAUAGAGAUAUCUUUAUAAAAAUAGUUUGGUCCAACUUUGAAUAUAAAAAUAAGAGAUCUGAAUAAUUUUUUAGAUUGGAUGAUUAGAGAUUUAGAAAUUUACUAUAAAAUAAGACCCAAUUACAUUGAAAAUGAAAUAAUUAUUCCUUAUAUAAUUUUAGAAUGCAUGUAAUUUGCUGAUUAGUUUUGUUUGGAUUGCAGAGAAGGUUGGGAAUUGAAUAUUUUAUAAAAUAUAUGUGUUACAUAAUGUGGAGAUAAUAUUAUAUCAGGAUUUGAAGAAUGCGAUGAUGGUAAUUAGAUUCAAUACGAUGGUUGUUAUAUGUGCAAAUUUUAAUGUAUUUAAUUUUGUUAAAUUUGUAUUCAUGGUAUUUGUAUGCUAUGUUUAAAUGGAUAUUCAUUUAAUAAUAAUUAAGAAUGCUCUUUAAAUUGUGAAGAUAAAAUUAUCAUACCAUAAUAUAAUGAAGAAUGUUCUGGUGAGAAUUUUCUAUAAUUUCAUGGUUGUUUUUAAUGCUUAAAUUAUGAGGAAUGUACUUAUGGUUGUGUAAAAUGUGAUCAUCAAAUAUGUUAUUAAUGUUAAUCUGAUUUCAUAUUAAUUUAAGGAAGAUGUCUAUCAAAUUGUGGUAGAAAUGAUGAAAUACUCUAUGAAGAUUGUGAAGAUUUUAAUGAAGAGAAUAAUAUUGAAUUGUUAUGUCCACUAUAUUGUAUAGAAUGUAAUUUGUAAUAAUGUCUAAUAUGUGAUGAAUAAUAUGAACUACUUGAGGGCGGAUCAUGUAAAUUAAACAUAGAUGAUGAUUUAGAUAAUAUAUAUUAAUUGAUCUAAAAAGAUGAUAUGAUUUGUAGAAAAAUCCCUUUUGAGUGUAAUUAUUAAAAAUCACCUUAAGUAAAUUUAAGUUACAUAAAUAUUACCCUAAAUAAAUAAUAUGUUAAUCUUGAAUUUACAGAAUAAGUUAAAUCUGAAAGCUAAAAACUAUUAUCAUAAACUUUAAUUAUUGAAAUCUUUAAUAUUUCAAAUAAGAUGUAUAAUUAUGAUAUAAUUAUUAUUCAAGAUUCAGAUGA